UUGUGUCCGACAACAACGCAAGAAAUUCAAACACGCUGCAUGAGAACGUGCUAAACCACAGACAUGGACGAUUUCAACGACAUUGAAGAUACCGGGAGCACAGGUGAUCUGGACGCGACAGACCAGCUUCCGGUCUUCAGCGACGGUGAGGAUACUCUUCCGUUGUGUUAUAUCUGCGAGGAAUCUUGCGAUUCCUUUGAUGCUACGGGAUUAACCACAGGAGUUUACCCCGCGGACAGCGUGGUCACUGAUAAACAGCUUUGGGCUAAAACUGCGUGGAAUCGCCAUUAUCGCCUGAUCCUCUUCCACUCACGAAAGCGUAUCUGUCGUCUUUCCGGAAUAUCGUGCAUGAACGAUAAUGACAUUGACUUCCACACACGCCAGGCUCCCUGGGAUAAGACUACAGUGAUCGUGCGACCUGAAAGUGGCUCAAGCAGACGUCAAGACCUCCUCGCAACGGCCCUCCAGUUUGAAGCUAAAGUUCAGGGCACGAAAGACAGACUCAUGUGUCUUCUUGUCCACGCUCGCUGCUGGCAAUUACUUUGCACGCACAGGGCCUGGUCUCUCUCUGAGGGCGACAUAAAGGUCCUGAUGCGAGCUCUCCUUCGGAAAGGUCCCCUGUCCCGGGACCCGCGUCUAUACUCAGUUUAUGGUUUAAAUGUGGGGUGCUCUUCUUUGCCUUGCACUUUUGAUGAUGGAGACCCUUUUCGGUGCAAGCGCGUGGAGGUUAUCAUUCGUCGCGCUCGUCAAAGAGCAGGCAGGAGGUUUAAGAGUACCCAAAAACAUCAAGAACCAAUUCACUUGAAUCUUCUUCCUCUAGAGGUCUUACUCUUGAUCGCCGGUUUCCUCUCGCCCGCAGAUGCCGCUGUUGUCCAGAAAGCAGUGGGGCUUUACUUAGGUGAUUCAUAUUGGCGGUCAAAAGUCCCAGAGAUUUUCCAUGAAGUUCGAGAAAUUUCCAGUGAGACGCUAGACUGGGGGUUUUUAUGCUGUGAGCUGAAUCAAUUGGAGGCUGCGGAGGACGAUGACUUGGAUAGUCGCCGUUAUGUCAUUGGAAAAUUGGAC